AUGGGCAUCCCUUACAGCAAGCAAAUCAACGCCGCCUUCGACCAGGUUACACCAUUGGUCGCCGAAGGCUUCGAGGUGCUACAGACCACAAGGAACAUCACUUUCCUGCUUGCUGAGAUCCAGGUCGCCACUGUAGUCCUACUCUUCCUGAUCUUGGUGACAAUGAUGAUGCUGCUGGUCACCUUGAAUCCGGACCUCGAGCGCGAAAGACAGUCUCUGAUCACACCAGUGAUGAGAUGGCUAUGCUCUUGGAUGAUGGACACCGACUCUGGGAAGCGGCGCAUUGGCUUCGCCUUCUUUCUGGCAACACUUGUUCUGGCUGGAGCAGGAUACGUCCAUUACUGGUACUACUUCAGCAAGGAAGAAGCGUCUGAGGCACCGGAUUCCGAGCAGGUUCCAGGUCAAGAAGGCAAAGAUGUUGAUGCGAUCAAAGACGGAAAGUCUUCUCAAUGA